GUGGGACCAGGUGACAGAGACGGCCAAUUAGAGCGACACACAUCGGCGGUGACCACGGCGACAGAGAGCACACGAUGGUGACCAUGGCGAGAGAGAAAGCACGGCGGUGGGAAGCUAGCUGUGGAGAGCGCGGCGGCAUUGAGAUCCCCUUCGGCUUUGAGCUCCAUGUCUUCCUCAAGCUCCCGCGCACCUCGCGGACGCAGAGCCGGGCGCGUGUGGACAUGCCUGUCUUCGUCUGUUCACGAUGCUGGGUGGGCAUUGUUCGAAGGGUUUCUCAUACAUCGAGAAACCAGAAUCGUUCGUUCUACGUGUGCAGCGAGAAUGGGGUGACAUGCUUCUUUCUUUGGGUAGAUACUCUGACUAAGACUUCGAUGAAUAAACUGUAAAAAGAGCAUGAAGAAUGGUUGUGUAUGCUGUCACAGACGGCAGUGGCCGCAGCACAAGCUCCGGAAGAAGAGAUGAAGGGCGAAUCACGCACUGACAGAGAGCUAACUGUUGAGCUUAGGAUGUUGAAGAAGAAGGUUAGGAAGCUUGAAGAUCAAGCACUAUCAAUACCCAUUUGCAAUUACUUUUGGGCAUUGGUAUGAUAAUCGCACUGGUUGUAAUGUUGAAAAUGUAUGAAAAGACAUGAAUUAUGAAGAAAUUUGUAAGCUUGAAAUUGUACGAGAAAUUCACCUAGUUUAAAUAUUGGUCAAAGUUGC